AUGCCGUCGUUCCUUCUGCUGCUGUUGCUGCUGCUGCUGGCCUCCACACCAGGGUCUUGGGUGGGGGAGCAUCUUCAGCAGAGGCUCAAGUCCCAAGGGGGAGAGGGAGGUGAGGUGGUGAGUCACACAACCGGAGCAUGUCUUUCACAGGCUCGAAAUGUGAGGCGCCAGAGUGAUACCUGGGGUGCCUGGGGCGAAUGGAGCCCCUGCAGCCGGACCUGCGGAGGAGGCGUCAGCUCCCGGGAGCGCCCCUGCUACUCCCAGAGGAGAGACGGAGGGACCAGCUGUGUGGGUCCCACGCGCAGCCACCGCACCUGCCACACCGAGAGCUGCCCAGAAGGCGCACGGGAUUUCCGGGCCGAGCAGUGCUCAGAGUUUGAUGGCACCGACUUCCAGGGCCGGCGCUACCGGUGGCUGCCCUACUACGCAGCCCCGAACAAGUGUGAGCUGAGCUGCAUUCCCAAGGGGGAGAAUUUCUACUACAAACACAGGGAGGCCGUGGUGGACGGGACACCCUGUGAGCCUGGCAAGCGGGACAUCUGUGUGGAUGGCAUCUGCCGAGUUGUUGGGUGUGAUCACAAGCUAGACUCAAUCAAGCAGGAGGACAAGUGUCUGCAGUGUGGGGGUGAUGGCUCAACCUGCUACCCUGUCACAGGAACCUUUGAUGCCAAUGAUCUCAGCAGAGGCUACAACCAAAUCUUCAUCAUCCCUGCCGGGGCAACCAGCAUUCACGUUGAGGAAGCUGCUGCCAGCAGGAACUUCCUGGCCGUCAAGAGCGUCCACGGAGAGUACUACCUCAAUGGGCACUGGACCAUUGAGUCAGCCCAGGCCCUGCCGGUGGCCAACACAGUCCUACAUUACGAACGGGGCAUGGAGGGGGAUCUAGCCCCUGAGCGGCUCUGGGCACGGGGUCCAACCUCGGAGCCCCUGGUCAUCGAGCUCAUCAGCCAGGGGCCCAACCCCGGUGUAUACUGUGAGUACUACCGGCCAGUGGAUGACCUCGACCGAGCCUUCAGCUGGAGCCACGGCUCCUGGAGUGACUGCAGCGCCGAGUGUGGCGGAGGUCACCAGUCUCGCCUGGUAUUCUGCACCAUUGACAAUGAGGCCUACCCGGACCACAUGUGCCAACAUCUGCCUCGGCCGGCCCACCGGCGCUCCUGCAACCUGCACCCUUGUCCACAGACUAAGCGGAUCUCUUUCCUGCACCGGCCUGGAGCGUGGCGCCAUGCUGGAGGCCAGCAUGUGUGUGGGAACAGCUGGAAGGUAGGACCGUGGACGUCCUGCUCGGUCUCCUGUGGGGGUGGAUUCCAGUCUCGCCCUGUCUACUGCGUGUCCUCAGAUGGGGCUGGUGGCCAGGAAGCUGCUGAGGAGAUCCAGUGCGCUGGUCUCCCGGGGAAGCCCCCUUCCACACAGGCUUGCAACCUGCAGCGCUGUGCAGUCUGGCGCGUGGAGCCCUGGGGAGAGUGUUCGGUGACCUGCGGAGCUGGCAUCAGGAAGAGAAGUGUGGCCUGUCGGGGGGAUGGGGAGUCUCUGGUCCAUGCCACAGCAUGCUCCUUGAAGGACAAGCCAACCCUCACAGAGCCCUGUGUACAAGAGGCCUGUCCCAUGUUCCGUGGCCAGGCCUGGCAUGUCAGCCCGUGGAGUCUAUGCUCUAAAAGCUGUGGUUCAGGUACUCGGAGGCGACAGGUCAUCUGUACCAUUGGGCCACCUGGUCACUGUGUGGACCUGCAGUCAUCCAAGCCAGCUGAGGUGGAACCCUGCAACAGACAGCCCUGUCAUCUUCCUCAGGAGAUCCCUAGCAUACAGGAUGCACGGACCCUCCCCUCAGACCCCAGGAUGCUUUUAGGCCCUCAAGUGUCUCCAGCCUCAGACCAGCGGUGGGCUGCCCAGGAGAGAACCAGGGCCCAGAGUAACCCCAGAGACCCCCACCUGUCAUCCUCAGGCCGGGUCCCCACUCUGCAGCAUCCUCCACACCGGCCACCCCCAAGGCCUAGCCCAGGGCCCCGUGACUGCCGACACAGCCCCCACGGGUGCUGCCCUGAUGGCCACACACCAUCUCUUGGGCCACAGUGGCAAGGCUGUCCCCUGGCUGGGGCCUCGUGUCUUCAGAGCAGGUACGGAUGCUGCCCUGAUGGCGUGUCUGUAGCUGAGGGGCCCCAGCAGGCUGGCUGCACCAGGUCUCAUGGCAGUGACAAUACUGGGAACAGGCCAGGGUCCAGGGCAGUGGCUUCCAAGGUCCCCAAGAUCCACCAACCCCAGGCCCAUGAGAGCGAGCCCAGUGAGUGUCAUGGCUCCCAGUUUGGUUGUUGCUAUGACAAUGUGGCUUCUGCAGCUGGUCCCCUGGGGGAAGGCUGUGUGGGCCAGCCCAACUAUGCCUACCCGGUGCGGUGUCUGCUGCCCAGUGCUCAAGGGUCGUGUGGAAACUGGGCUGCCCGUUGGUACUUUGUGCCAUCAGUGGGCAGGUGUAACCGCUUUUGGUAUGGCGGCUGCCACGGCAACGCCAACAACUUUGCAUCGGAGCAGGAGUGCAUGAACAGCUGCCAGGAGCACCACGGGCCCCGGCGUCCCGAGGCAGGGGCCUCUGGUCAUCGUGUCCACGCGGAUGGUGGCCAACGUGGUCCUGGGGGCCAGCAGGAACCUGACUGGCACAGGACAGGAGCCACAGUCCCGAGACUGCCCUCGCCUUCUGGAAGCCCUUGGCGAAGAGAGCAAGAGCCUGGGCCAGGGGACACCUCCCACACCCCAGCCCGUGGAAAAUGGCCCAGAGGUCCCGGACCGGGUAGAGAAGUUGGACCUCCAGUGCCACCCACACGUAGCUCAUCUUACAGGAUCAGCUUGGCAGGCUCGGAGACUGCCCUGGUACAAGCAGCCCAGGGGCAGGCAGUACAGCUUUUUUGUCCUGGCAACACCGGCCCAGAAUUCCAGGCCAGAUGGCAGAAAGAAGGCCGGCCCAUUUCGUCUGACAGGUACCACCUACAGUCAGAUGGCUCCCUCAUCAUCAGCCCCUUGAAGCCAGAGGAUGCUGGCUUCUACAGCUGUCACAGGCCAGGCCAUGACCCCCAGGAGAUCCAGCUUCGAGUCACAGGAGGCGACAUGGCAGUGUUGUCUGAUGUCCAGCAGAGGCAUUUCCCUCAAACCAGGAACCCAAACUCUGGCCAGGGUCCCUGGAAUCCUGGCAUGGAAGCAGGAGCUGGAGGCCACAGGGUUCUCUCAUCCUCACACCCUAGGCCGGCCACCAGGCUGCGUCUGGACCGGACACAGCCCGGGGUGGUGGAUGCCAGUCCUGGCCAGCGGAUCCGGCUGCCCUGCCGUGCUGAAGGUUUGCCAGUCCCUACCAUCGAGUGGCAAAGAGAUGGGCAGCUGGUCUCUUCUCCCAGGCACCAGGUGCAGCCUGAUGGCUCUCUGGUCAUCAGCAGAGUGGCCAUGGAAGAUGGUGGCUUCUACAGCUGUGUUGCUUUUAAUGGGCAGGACCGAGACCAGCGCUGGGUCCAGCUCAGAGUUCUGGGGGAGCUGACAAUCACAGGCCUGCCUCCUACUGUGACGGUGCCAGAGGGUGACACGGCCAGGCUUCUGUGUGUGGUGGCUGGAGAGAGUGUGAACAUUAGGUGGUCCAGGAAUGGACUGCCUGUACAGGCUGACGGCCACCGUGUGCACCAGUCCCCAGAUGGCACACUGUUGAUCCACAACUUGCGGCCCAGGGACGAGGGCUCUUACACAUGCAGUGCCUACCGAGGGAACCAGGCUGUGAGCCGCAGCACGGAGGUGAAGGUGGCCCUGCCAGCACCGGCCGCCGCUCAGUCCAGGGACCUGGGCAGGGAGUGCAUCGACCAGCCUGAGCUGGCCAACUGUGCUCUGAUCCUGCAGGCCCAGCUCUGCGGCAAUGACUACUACUCCAGCUUCUGCUGUGCCAGCUGUGCCCGCUUCCAGCCGAAUGCUCAGCCCGCCUGGCAGCAGGGAUGAAGGCUAGCUGUGGCGCCAGUUCUGGAUGGUUUGCUGGGGAGAAGGGAUGGUAAGAUAUGGCCCACAGAGGGGGUCAUCUUUCAGACACUGGCCCUCUCAGAAACCCAGGGCUAAGCCCCAGCAGCUGCCAGUGCCGGCCUCCCUUGUAGUACUCAGCAGGGUCUGUCUGGCAUGAGCACAGGCUGCCAUGAAGAGGAGGAACCUGCCUACACGGAACUGCUCCUUUACACCUUCCCUCUAUAGUUCCUGCUGCGUUGAGGACCCUUUAUCCAUGCUUGGGA